UAUAUUUUUAUUUUCUACUGUGCUUUACUCCGUUUCCAGAAAAGUUUGUACAAUUAUAAGGGAUAAGUGAUGGCAGAUAAAUGAUAGUUAUUGGAAGUAACCUGCCAUCUGCUAUUAGAAAUUAGUGGUCAAAAAAUAACAUCACAACCGCAACUGGUACUGACUGGCAGCAGCGGAACGAAGCAAAACGGUGGCAAAAUAAGGGCAGAAAUCAUGGAUGAAGUGCAAACUAUAGAGGCGGCCGUCCUAUCCUUCUAUCGGGGUGGGUCCGAGCAGCAGAAGGAAACACACAAAUGGCUACAACAGGUGCAGAACAGUCCACAGGCCUGGUCUUUCUGUUGGGAGCUGAUGCAGCUAAACAAAUCGUCCGAGAUUCAGUUUUUCGGAGCAAUCACAUUGAAUUCAAAGCUGCGCAGCGAUUGGGUGGAAGUGCCGAAAGAAGCACACCACGAACUGAAACAGAAGUUGCUAGAAACGAUCGUACUCUUCGGAAACGGCCCUAAGAUCGUCCUGAACAGGCUGUGCAUCUCGCUUGGUCUCUUUAUCGUGCAUAUGCUACGCCAUCCAACGGUAAUAGAGGAGGUGACCAAUAUGUUUCUGCACGAGCAGUUGGGCAACCUCUCGAAAGUAACCCAGAUCGAGAUUCUGAUGGCGGUCUUGGAGGGCAUCCCGGAGGAGGUGAAAACCAUACGCACACAGAUCCCUCGGCCGGUUGUUUGGGAGGAGCUGAACCGGAAUGCGGAAUUCGUCAUGCAAACCGUGGUGACGUACCUGAACGAGAAGCUUAGCCACAAUGCGGUCGAAGCGCACGAUAUGAAUGGGUUGAUAAAUGCGGCCAAAUGUACCGGCACCUGGGUCACGCACGGAAACGUUCAUUUGAACGAUCGGGAAGCGAUGAUACAAACACUGCUGAAAGCCGUCCACUACUGCUACUGGAAGGAGCCGAAGGAUGACGGUUGUCUGAUGCCGGAAGAGAACGAACUAGCGGAAACGGCACUUAAAUCAUUAGCGAACAUUAUCUCUUCGUAUGCGACCCAAAGUACGAAAUAUUCCUUCACCAUUAUCAACUACAUGAAGUUGUUUCUAGACGUGCUCGUACCCAUCCUGGAUGCGGAGUAUAAAGAGAACAAUGACAACGAAAAUCUUGCCCUUAUAAUCUAUGCCCUGUUCAUCUCCACCCUCGAGUGCUUUUCGUCGGCAAUCUUCGCUGGCAUCGCAACGGACUCGGAAGAAGUGUCCAAGGUGUACACACGGACGGUCGAUAUGUUGAUCAAAUGUACGGACAAACCGGGCACCUAUCCAGUGGAUGAAUCGUGCAGUACGUACGCGAUGGAGUUUUGGUACAUGCUGCAGGAGGAGGUCCUUUCGAUGGAUAACGGCGAACGCAAGAAACGUUGCCUGGAAGCCAUCAAACCAGUAUACGCACACGUGGUGAAGGUGUUGGUACGAAAGUCCCAACUGCCCACAGAAUCUUCUCUGCACAAGUGGAACGAUGAUGAUCUGGAAGCGUUCCGAUGCUAUCGGCAAGAUAUCGGUGACACGCUUCUCUCCUGUCAUGACGUCCUAAACGAUCUAAUGCUGGAUGUGCUGUCGGAAGCGCUAGAUGAAUCGAUCAUGUACCUCAGCUAUGAUCCACAGUCCACGGAAAACUGGACGCUACUCGAAGCGACCAUACAUGCGUUUUGCUCGAUUGCACAAAAGAUCGAGUACACCGAACAUCAGCAGAUUGUGAAGCUGCUCAAGAUACUGAACGAAAUCCCGUACGAAAAGUACAACGACAAGCUGUUUGGGAUGGCGCUCGAGACGGUCGGUGCGUACAGCGAGUGGAUUGGGGACAAUCCCAAAUAUCUCCCGUCCGCCAUCACGCUCCUGGUGAAGGGACUGAACUCCACCAAAGCUUCCCAGGCAACACUCGGAUUGAAGGAUCUCACAUCUGAAUGCCAAAAGGAGGUAAUCCCGUAUGCACUACCAUUGCUGGACGCUUGCCGUACGGCUCUACAGGAAGGUCACCUGAAGAAUGCGGAAAUGAUCCGAUUGAUGUACACCGUCGGAAACAUACUGAGCGUGAUCUCGUACGAUAACAUUAUCCUCUACCUGGACGCGAUGGUUUCGCCCUGCUUCGAGGAGCUGCAGAUACACGUACAAAACAACGAUCGAACUGAACCGACCAAGGCACGGGUUGUGCUACGGCUCGAAAUGAUCUCGAAGCUGUUCUCCUCCCUGAAUAUCCGGAAGCCGACGGAGGGCGACAUGGAUAAGGGUUUGGGCCCGGAUGCACAAAAGUUACCUUUUCCCGGCACACCGUUACCGGGUGCGCCCGUACAGCCAAUCUUGCUGAUACUGGAGAAAACGAUGGGACUGCUGAAGGAUCUAUGUACGAUCUGGAUACACGACGAGACGGUUAUAGAUACGCUAUGCAAAGCGUUGCAGCAAGCGCUAACGAAUCUGAUGGAUGACAUUAAACCGCUGCUUACGGAGAUGUGCUGUCUGGUGCUGUCGAUCCUGAACACUAACUGUGUCGUAUCGGCGGCAGAUAUUGCGGGAAACUUCAUUCUGAUGUUUUACAAGGAUCAAGACUCUAGACAACUCAUGGUACAACUGUUUACUGCCAUCAUGGACUACAACUUUAACCAGAUGCAGCAAAAUUUGGGAAAACUGUCCCGGAUAGCGGAUUUGAUUGAAACAUUCUACGCGUUUAAUACGAGAAUAUCGAAAAAGAUCCCUAUAUGCUACAGCGAGGUACAGGUUGACUGUAUGAAGCUAGUCGAUUUCGCCACCAAAUGCAUGAUGUUACCCGAGACUGGACCGAUGAAGAAAAGUGUGGCGUUUAUCACGAUGUUCGUGAAGGAAUCGACUAAUCAUCCAGUGAUGAUGAAUGUCGUACUGGCGCAGGGUGAAAAUAUCGUCCGAUCUAGCUUUCUGUGUAUCGGCGGUACGGCCCUUCGCACACAGGUGGAAAUAUUUGCCGACAUCUUUCUCGCACUUAACUUCCGCUAUCCGACAGAGUUUAUCCAGUGGAUGAAGCUGCUGGAGCUACCAAACUUUCCGACCGCCUUCGUUAGCGCUAACGAUAAGGAGCAAUUUAUGCGAAAAGUUAUCAAGGAACGUGUCAACAAGCGGCUCGUUCAAGAUCAUGUGCGAAAAUUCGCCGCACUCUGCAGGAACAUUGUUGAGUAUGAGAACAAAUAAGGCUAAACGAAUAGUACAUGCGCCGGACAAAUAGCCGAGCGGAACAGCAUGGAACGAUAUGGGGUCAAAUCUUGACCCUCUUCCAUACGUCGUAGGACUGUGAGUAUAUCCUGCUUUUGGGUAAUUCAAGUCAACAGAACAAAAGAGCAACAUGGUGUAGGCCCAAGAGUCCGAACAUGGUUGGCAAAGUCAAAUGUGGUGCCGUACACACUCAGUAAUGAUGCUUGUUCUCUCGUGGAAGAACCCCGGGGUCAGGAUGUGCGUGUAAAGAAAAUACUUUCAAUCUAACCAAUGUGAUUUUUAGCUAGUAGGUAAAACAAAGCGGAAACAAGCUGUGUGUACAAAAUGACUACACCCAAUGAAUGCGCGAAAUCCACCCGUACGAUGGAAAGAUAGUCGUGUACGUGUGCCAAUGGGGGAUAUUGAGAGAGCUUGUGCUUUAAUCUCGAACUGUGUAUGAACAUUUACAUACACGCACACGGUACACACAGGACACAACCUCUGUCUUAUUUGUGUUUCUCUUUCUUAGGAUGUGAAUAAUAAAUGCAGCAUUGAUUUUAUUUUAA